CGGAGAGCUGACGCGGCUGCGCGAACUGAGCGCCCGAGGGAGUGAAGGGGAGUGGAGCUGCGGGUGCUGGGCGCCAGAUUUGAAUUCAACAGGGGGCGUGGAAACGUGACGACGGCGAUCGAUGCAACUGACAGAUAUAUAAAUACUUCAAGAAACAGAUAGAACCAAAAGGAUCCCCAUAGAGAAAUUAUGCCGAGUUGAGGAGGGGGCACAGAAAGGCGAGGCUCUGUUGUCAGAUCUGUCAGUCUAGCCUAGCCUGGCCACUCCCACCUCUCACAGUGGAGGCAUUACAUACUGCUGGUGCCUGUGCUCUUAGCAACGGCGCCUCAGCAACAGAGCCACGGCAACAGAGAUCCACGGCAACAGCGUGCCGUGUCUCCCCAAUGGAGCUGCCAUUGGGCGGACCAGCGCUAAGGCACUACACCCAGAGCAGACCGAGACCUCAUCGACAAAAACUGAACUAUCGUCCCAGCAGACCACAGGAGACGAUCAUUGAGAGUGAACAUGAAGUCCUUGAGCUCAUGGGGCGAGUGGAUGAAGGAGUUGAAGAGUUCUUUACUAAGAGAGUGCUUCCAACUGAUAUACUGAAAAAACAGGAUGAGGAAUCUAUCACAGUGCACGAAGUGGCUCCUGCCAGCUCCGUCCCUUGCCCACCCCAGACGAAAACACUCAGGAGGAAGCUUGGUGAUUUCUUCACACUCAAAAAGAGAAGAGGUUUGAAAUCAGAGACGAGCCACGAGGGGCGUCCCAAAAAGGCCUCCAUUGCUGAUUUCAUUCGCCCACUCAGGGAAGUCGCCAAAGCCGAGAAAGAAAAAGAUAAAGACAGAGUGAAGGAACUCGACAAGGAAAAUGAAAAGGAGAAACCAAAAGAGCAUCCCAGUGCAGGUACCGGAGAGUCAGCUGUUCAGGAGACACCUGUUUCCGGUGCUCCUCGACAGCAGCUGAGAGUUGAAGCGGUGCCUCCCCGCCGAGCCCUCAGAGAGGGGAAGUCCCAAUCUCUCAUUUUGCUGUCUGGAUCAGCAGCAGCAGCAGGAUCUACUAAUGCCAGAAACACUGCAAAGAAACAAUUUGAAGGCCAGCAUAGCUUUGAACAGAAACUCCAUCUCAUGCUUCAACGUAUUGGAGUUUCCAAACCCCAGCCUGGAGAAACACAGAAUCAGGAGGGAGAGAUGAAAAAAGCAGAAUCUGAAGGUACUAUCAUUGACAGUAAACCUGAGCCACCCAUUUCUUUAUCAAAACCUCGAACAAUGUCUGCGUCUUCAGAUACAAGGCAUCAAAUUCGACCCAGUGUGUCAGCACAUGAGUCAGCUGGGAAACCUGCUUUGCUUCCAAAGCCAGUUAUCAAGCCAGGACCACCGCCCACAACAUCUGGCCGCAACACACCUGAGAAUGAGCUAGCCCAAAUACAAGAAGGGGAGACAAGCACGCCCACUAAACUCAGUCCAACUGCAGCUUUGUCUCUUCCUGCUGCUGCUGCCCUCACUUCUACCACUACUCCUACUGUACCGACAAUCUCAGAUUCAAUCCCUGACUCAACCACUUUUACAAUUUCCCCUUCAAGUACUGUAACUCCCUCUGACACAGAUAUAUGCACUGACUCUGUUGACACUACUACAGUAGCUACAACACCCACGAAUACUACAGAGCUUGACAGCAAAGCCUCUGAGGGUAGUGCAACUAUCACCAAACUACUCACUGCUACCAUCCCGACAACCCUUACAAGCACCACUACACCCACUGAGCCCACUAGCACUGUCUCAGUUACUUCCACUUCUUCUAAGUCCAUUCCUCUAAGCCCCUCUGUGACUUUCUACUCAACAACAAUAACUAUGCCUUCCAUAACCACGUUGGAAACCAUUUCUGCUCCCAGCAAUGAAAGUUCAGUUUCCCCAGCAUCACCAACUCUGUCACCUAAAUUGGCUUUGCCAAAUCAAAAUGGUAUUCUAGUCUCAGCUGAUGCUAUUCCUGCUGGUUGUGGUGAUGCAGCUAUUUCUGUCAACACCACAGCUUAUUCACCCUCCACCGGCAUAUCAAAUAUGCCAUCUGGCUUGUCCACCACCACAAAUUCAGUUACUGAAGCUAGCGAUGGCUCCACUUUGGUCACCUCCACUUGCUGUGUGACUUCAGUUUCAUUAGUCACUGAAACUACAUCUCCACCAUCAAACUUAAAUGAUACCAUUACAGCUACAGUUUCACCUGACGCCACCGUUACUGCUUCCUCUGCCCAGAUCUCUGCUGCCCCUCCUCCCACAAGCUCCUCCUCCUCCACCAUCACCACCUCUAGUAGUCCAACUCCCACUGACUGCAUGAACUCCAUCUCUGCUUCCAUCAUUACUCACCCAGCCAUUCCUAGCCCCACUGAUAUCCCUAUUCCCUCUACAUCUUCUAGUGAAACAACCCCCACAGACACCACAUCAACCACCACAACCACAUUAAACCAUGCAGAUACUACUUCCACCACCAGCUCAGCAACCACAGCUGCAGUUAGCUCCAGACUGUCGACUGACUUAGACCCAGCUAACACUAACAACGUCACCACUACCCCCAUAACCCCAACUAUCUCUGGCCUCCCCGUUACUGAUGGCUCAAGUGCUACUUCUCACCAUUUGACCAGUCCAGCUCACUCUAAUGAUAGUUCAGGCCAAGAUAACGAUCGACUGACAUCUACUGAAGAACAAUCCAGUGAAGAGCCUGCAGAGAAGGCCUUGGAUGAGGAGCUUGAGAUGGUUCAAAAGAGCAAGCAAACUGAGAUGAACGGGAUCAAGGGAGUUGUUGAUGGUGGGAAGAAGAAUGACAAACCAGAGCCUCUCAUUAGUGAAGAAACAAGAAAAGAAAUGCAGGAAGAAAGUGAGAAGGCUGAAGACGACACUAUGGCUGAACCGCCAUCAGGUAAAGAGAGUGAGUGGUGCAGUGAUGACGGAGUGGUUGAAGGUCAGAAACAAGAAGGAACUACGUCAGAGAGCGAGAAGUAAUUUUUUAAAAUUGCUAAAUACGGGACCAACUACUGUGACAGGGGGCAGUCGAUGCCACAGUAAAGAGAUGAGGGGAUGAUCCAUGGCACUUCCCACAGGGACCACCACAUCACAGCAGAACACCACAAAGGAUGGGCCAAUGGACCAAAGAACUGAGAUCUCCUUGGUGUGAUGUAAUCAACAAAUCCAGCAGUGUCUUUGUCCUUUUUUAUCUUCCGUUUGACUUUUUUUUGCAUUGCACGUAUGAUUAUGUACCUUGACAACUACUGUGGUAAAUUACACAAUGUUUACAAUAGAUGGAUAGGAGACAUAGAUAUGACUAUUAAAUGGAAUAUUGAAUUGAA